GCUAAGCCUUAUGAUCCCUGCCAGCGGAGCGGUCAAGACCCUCUUGAGAAACUGGGGUUAGCAAGAAGGCUGAGCUUGCAGGACACAUCUCCAUCGCUCCCCAAAACGGCUGGUUUGAGGGAAAUCUAACUGGAUCGUCUAAAACAGGGCUGAGAGGCUUGCAUCUUCCGCCCUCCAUGGCUUCGUCUGAUCAUUUGCCUUCGAGAUGGCUGCCCAGCCCUCGGUCAUGAAUCAUGGUUGCCCGGCCCCUCUUAGAUCAGCCCCCAAAUUGUUGGCGGAGGUGUACUUUGCACAUGUACCUGUCCUGCAUGUAUGCCAACAAGGCCCCGGGGACCUUGGCUUGGUGGUAAAUUGGACAGACGCAAGCCCAGGCUUGAGACCUGAGACCUUUACCACACCACAAGGUGCUUCAUUAUUUGAUCUACAACCCGCAGGAUUGACGAUAAGUCAGGCCUUGGGAAAACAUUGUGGACAUCUGCUUUCGGAGCCAUUCUUCGAGUGUUACACUAGAACAUCCAUGAAUAGCAGCAUUCAACUUGACUGGACUCGCGGUGGUUUGUGGGGAGGGGCUGAGGUCGCCGACCACAGCACGAGACUUGGGCGGAGAGACGCUCUGGCAUCAUUGAGUCGACAUGGAUCAUGGAUAAGACAUUUGGCCCCCACAAUGGCGUCCGUGGCCAAUUGACUAAGUCGACGACCUGAAUCAGCCUCACAAGGA